AUGGAUCAACAUGCGGCAACAGGGGAAAAUGCGGAAGAAUGGGAAGGGGAUUUUGAUCCCCUUGCAGAUCCGGAGGAACGGCGAGUGCUCUUUGCUGCCCUCGAUUCUUUCAGACAGUAUCGAAGGAGCGCACAUUCGCACACUACCCACCGACGACGUCAAUCAUUUUAUGCCCUACCGUCGGCCCAUUGGCAAAUGCUAGCAAAGCCUCCCUUUUCUAUUUUGGACACUUUCAACCAAAUUGAUGACGCAAUUGAUGCGAACGCAGAGAUCGCGGCUGCGAUUCUAUCUUUCGGCCUGAAAGCCUUCUCCCUACCCGCUAACCCAGACACCAAUGACGGCCAAAGGAACUGGCAGAAUACCGCUACGGGCUCUGACAUUAACAAAGCCCAUUCAACUGUCAGGCAAUUUUACCGGGAUUGGAGUACCGAGGGGUUACUGGAACGGGAAACGUGUUAUAAGCCAGUUAUGGCUGAUCUGGAAGAGCUGUUUGGCUCCCAACCGCACAUUAAGAUACUUGUUCCUGGUGCUGGGCUUGGACGUCUUGUGUUCGACCUUUGCGCUGCUGGGUAUCACGCAGAGGGGAACGAAAUUUCUUACCACCAACUCCUGGCCAGUAACUGGGCAUUGAACCAUACGGUGCGGGCCAAUGAAUACCCUUUGUAUCCCUUUGCGCUGCAGUUCUCGAAUUUGAAGUCUCGGAAACAGCAGCUGAAAAAGGUCAUGAUUCCUGAUGUCCAUCCCGCUUCAGUCAUCGCUGCUCAAAUGGAUAGGCCUGAUGAUGGGAGAGGGGUGGGCUCGAUGAGCAUGUCUGCAGCAGAUUUCGUAAUUCAGUAUAACAGCAAAUCAAAAGAGGGUGUAUUUCACGCCGUUGCGACCGUUUUCUUCAUCGAUACAGCCCCAAAUUUGAUACGGUACAUUGAGGCCAUCCGCAAUUGUCUGCAACCGGGCGGGUACUGGAUAAACAUUGGGCCGCUCCUCUGGCACUGGGAAGAUAGGUCUUCAAAUAAAGAGUCUUCUCAAGGAGAAGUGACUCAGUCGACAGGAGCUGUGGACUCGGAUAAACGCCAUGAAGGGAUUGGGGAACCUGGGCAUGUAGAAUUAACGGAGGAGGAAGUCAUUAAGCUUAUCCAACAAUUUGGAUUUGAAUUGGUCAAGAGAGACUCCGGAAAUACCUGGUGUGGCUACAUCCAGGACCCGGAGAGCAUGUUGCAAAAUCUAUAUAGACCUGCGCACUGGGUGGUAAGGAAGGUUGCAAAGUUAUGA